AUGACAGGCAACGGCCGUGCUCGUCAAUCGCUCGCCUUCCUUCCGUUGACCGCCAACCGCAUUCAUGAACCCCACGACUUCCAAGAUUGGCGGAUGGUACCGCGGUGUGGUUCACCGGGCUGCCUCUGGCCCUCUCUUGGCCGGCAAGGACCCGACAUCCCUCCACCGCAGGGUACCCCCGGGAUGACGAACGGUGUUCUGGAAAAGAUCAGGAGGCGACCCGGAGGCGCACUGAUCGAGAACGAGCCCGCCCGGCCGCCCCGUCAACCAGGCUCCGAACUUCCGCCCGGGCCUGACUGGACCCCGCGCUGA